GAAAACCCUUUUUCAGAGAGAUCCCUUCUCACCAUCUGAGGAGAUAAGUGGGUGUUGCUGAGCGAACAGUCAGUCCGGGGCAGGUCCUGACAUUGUGUCGCCAAGAGUCCGGAGGCUGAGGUUUGUGUGUGUGGACAGUUCUGGGAAAGCCUCCAAAGCUCACAUUUGCCAAAGGGGGAACCUGGGAAGAGGGAGAGACACUUUUUUCUUCCCCCCCUUUGCAGUACCAGCGAAGAAAAGGUUUUUGCGAGCUUCCCACUGACUUCUUCCCUCCUGCGCCCAGAGGAUCCUCGCACAGUCCGCUGGAAUUAAACAAUGGCGGCGGAUUAGUGGAAAGUUAAUUAGUUAAUGAGGUGAAGACAGCGUCUUUUUUCCUUUUAUUCGAUCUGACGCGGUCUGAAACCCUCUCCAGAAGGAGCCAGUUUUUUUUUAAAGGAAUGAUUCGGCUCUGGGUGUUUUUUUGCGUAAAAUGGUGAUACACUCUGCUGCCCUCCCGUUAAACCUGUGAACGGAAGUCCUGAGAGAAUGAAGUUUUGGAUUUAACUCCGCGCGCAAUAAACUUUCUUCUCCUUCUGACCUUGUUUUUCAAAUCAACAGCAGAUCGUGUGGAUUUCCCCCCCAUUUGCACGAGGAAUGCUUUGAAAGCUGUAUUUUUUUGCGAUCCUGCGCACCCGUAUGUCUUCAUCUGGAAUUAAUUGAGCCUCAUCAAAUGCUCUAAAACGCCGGAUUGAAGCUCCACAACUGGAUCGUCAUCCAGGAUCGAGAGUGUUUCAGCCAGCGCGGUUUGACGUCUCUUUCCCCCAUAAUGAGGGCGUUCGUCGCAGUUUUAGCCGUGGUUUAUCUGCUGACCUGGACGGAAGCCGACAAAAAGGCGCACCUGAAGCGGGUGCAGCUGCGCAGACGCAUCCAAACCCCCUCAGCGGACAAGGAGCGUUUCGCCAGGCGCAUGCGCCCUGGCUUCAGCUCGGCCAUCUCUGUCCACAGCCCCAAGAGGGUGGAAGAUGUCCAGGCCGACGAAGGCGUUCCGGCUGCCACCAGGACGGGGCCUUCGCAGGUCAGGAGGGCCUGGGCGUCCAGGAGAGGGGUGACCGGACAGAUUGGGUUGCCUCGCCUGUCGGACAGGCAGCAGCAAGACGAGGGGACCCCGGGGGCCAGGGCCAGGAUCACCCGGAUGCCCAACAGCGCCGGGUCGCCCAACCUGCUGGCCAGCUUCGCCGGGAAGAACCGGGUCCUGGUGAUCUCCGCGCCCCACGAGUCGGACGGCUACUACCGCCUGAUGAUGUCCCUCCUGAAGCCGGACGUGUACUGCGAGCUGGCCGAGAGGCACGUCCACCAGAUCGUGAUGUUCCAUCAGGAGGGGGAGAUGGGAGGCAAGGUGAGGAGGAUCACCACGGAGGGGAAGGUGAUGGAGGAGCCCCUGGACACGGCGCUCAUCCCCAGACUCAUGAGCUUCCUCAAACUGGAGAAAGGUAAGUUCGGGAUGGUGCUCCUGAAGAAAACCCUGCAGGUUCAAGAAAAGUAUCCCUACCCGGUGAGACUGGAGGCCAUGUACGAGGUCAUCGACCAGUCACCCAUGAGGAAGCUGGAGAAGCUCCGUCAGAAGGGCUUUGUGCAAAAGUGUAGAGGAGCAGGUGUGGAGGGUCAAGUGGAGGAGGGCACCUACACAGAAAGAAAAAUCGUUAAGAUUCAGAGAAAGCCAGCACAGGGCUCGACAACAGCGGCCACAACCACCCUCAAAACAACUCCACCACCAACCACAACGACUACAACCACCACUACGACGACUACCACCCAACCAACGACUACGAUGACAACCAAAGCAACAACGACAACCAGACCCACCACUACCACCAGACCCACCACUACCACCACCAGAAGAACCACCACCACCACCACAAAAAGACCCACCACCACUCAGAGAACGACCCGAGCCCCGACCACAGCGCAGUGGCUCCCAGCUCAGAGAACCACCGCUGACCCCAACUACCUCAGGGAGAGGUACCCGGCUAAGACCACCCCGGCAGGAGACAACCACACCGACAAGGACAACAGAUAUCCGCACGGCAAGAAGCUGGUUCCUGUCACCCAUAAACCCUCCAAGAUCAAGCCGACCAAGAAAAAGAAUGGACAGGAGAAGAUGUUGACUAAGGAGUAUGAGGACAAGUAUGAGCCCAGCAAGCCAACUGUGAGCGAUCCAGAGGACACUGAAACCUUCCCUGAUAUCAGCUCCACCAAAAAAGGCAAAAACAAGCAUGAUAAGCAUGACAAGAAGAAGAAGAAGAGUGACAAGGCUGCCAAGAAAGCUGAGAGGAGAGGAGGGAAGAUCGGUGGGAAGAAAAAUGGAAAAAAGACAUCAAAGUUCCCAGAGAAAGAGGACUACCUGAAGCCCACUAAAAAGCCAACACCUCCUCCAAAGGGCUCUCUGGCCUCUUUUCUGGAUUACUUUGAGAACAGGAGGCGACUUCUGCUGAUAACGUCCCCCAGUGAGGAAAACAGCAUGUAUGUUCAGCAGAGGGAUGAGUACCUCGAAUCCGUGUGUGAAAUGGCCAUUAGGAAAGUCUCUAUCAUAACCAUCUUUGGCUCCCUGACCAACUCCACCAUGAAAAUUGAUCACUAUCAGAUAGAGAAUGAUAAGCCUAUGAAGGGUCUCCGUCAGGAGGACUUAGUAAACCAAGACCUGAUCACCGAGCUGAGGAACGAGUUUGGAAUGAUGUUUGAUGAGUUCUACAUGGUCCUCACUGACACCGAUAUGAGAGUCAAGCAAUCCUAUGAGGUUCCAAUCGCCAUGAAGGCUGUGUUCGACUACGUGGACACCUUCUCCUCCCGCAUCCGAGAGAUGGAGCAGCAGAAGAGGGAUGGGGUCGUGUGCAAGAAGGAGGACAAGCCCCGGUCACUGGAGAACUUCCUGUCCAGGUUCCGAUGGAGACGUCGUCUGUUUAUCAUCUCUGCCCCGAACGACGAGGAGUGGUCCUACCAGCAGCAGCUUUAUGCCCUGAACAGCCAGGCCUGCAAUCUGGGUCUGAGGCACAUCGCCAUCAUGAAGCUGGUUGGCACAGAGGCUCCAGAUAUGGGCGGAGUCCUGGAACUAUACCCCAUUAAUGGCAGUGCCACGGUGGAACGGGAAGGCCUCUCAGCCACGCUCGUGAAGGACAUGAGGAACUACUUCCAAAUCAGCCCGGAAUACUUCUCCAUGCUGCUGGUGGGGAAGGACGGCAACGUCAAGUCCUGGUACCCCUCGCCCAUGUGGUCCAUGGCGAAUAUCUAUGACUUGGUGGACUCCAUGCAGCUGCGCAGGCAGGAAAUGGCCAUCCAGCAGUCGCUCGGCAUGCGGUGUCCCGAGGACGAAUACGGCGGCUACGGCUACCACCAGCACGGAUACGAGCACGGCUAUCAGGACGGGUAUCACCAGGGUUACGGUUACUGAGAGUAGCACGCUCGUCUUUAGUUGUCUUAUUGCGAUCCAUUACAUCUCUUCGUCUUUCCUACCCAUCCUCCACCCAACAGUCCUCGCAGAUGGAGGGAGCUCCUUGAAUGUUUGUAGCACUUAGUGGAAGUCACAGAACUGCUUUCACCCACUCGAUUCUUCCAUAUACAGCUCAUUGUACGAUAGGCUGCGAGUGACGGUAGGCUGAAGGGAGCUUUGAAUCAGAACUGGUUAGGCAGUCGACAAGUAGGUGAGUUUGGGGGAUCAGGGAUUUGUUUUGUACUUUUAGUUUUGUGCUUUGCCAUUUUUCCAACUCCAACCUGCUUUUGUAUCAUCUGUCAUUCCCACUUGCCUCCCAGGUCAAAUUGACGUAUUAAGAUCAUCAGAAGACCUUCAUUUUGUAGAUAAUGAGCUCAAAUAAGAUGUAUUUAUUGGACAUCUGUCGCCUUUGAAGUGCAAUUACGGCUCCUUUUAUAAAAAGCUGUCACAUUAAUUCUUGUAAAGUCUUUAUUGUUCUUUAAUGUUCUUAUUUAUACUUUAUUGGUAAUAAUGACGUAUAAACUUGUGUAAACUACCUGCAUUGCCUGCUAUACACAAUAUAUUUUAACAUAUUAAUGUCAAAUCCAUUUCAAUAAUCUUUUGAGCUAUAUCUCCCUCUAGAGGGGAUUUUAUAAGGUGGUCAAGAGAAACACUUCACAUUUUGGUCAUUUAACGAUUGAGACUGGAGAAACGUUAACUGUAAACCGGAGUAAAAAUAAAAACCAUCUCAAUUUCUUUAGUUCCAUAAUUACAUAAACGUUUCU